CUCGCAUUCUCUCGUCGACGGGUUUCUUUUUUCUACUUCAAUUCUAAACGUCACCAUGUCUGCUCCCAAGGGCCCCUUCCGUCUUGUCACCGUCAACAAUGCGCCCGAGCGCGCCAAGCGCCUGAUCGGCCGUGUUGCGGAGACCUUGAAGGACCGGUACACUAUCAUCCACGUCGAUAACUGCGCGAGCAUCGACGAGGUCGAGGCCAAGGUCAAGGAGCACCAGCCCGAUGUUCUGUUCAGUGCCUCCAUGUGGACCGAAGAGGAGGCCAAGCAGAUCCACGAGACCGCCCGCUCGAUCGUCCCCGACAUCAAGUUGCACGCGAUCCCUACCGGUCUGCAGGUCGAGCGUGGCCCCGAUGCUAUUGUUGAGUACCUCGUCGAGAAGGUCCCCGCGCUGCUGGACAGCUAGAUGUUGAACGUCUAUAUGUAUAGAGAGAUGGCAUUGAUUUAUACUUGUUGCGAAUACCAUGUCUGAUGAUUGAGAGGGGUGUUUCCAAAUUACAACCUUUCACACUACCAUCCAUCGUGCCUUCCCACCAGCUGUAGAUAGUAUACCCUGAUUGUGCGCAUUCAGCGGGAGGCGGAUCCAAUCCGAUUUCCAUCGCCAUGAAGCCAUUCCGAUCUCCUCCAGAUUUCUAGUGCUUCAGCUCCAAGGAUGGGUCUUGGCUCGGUCAACGGCAACCCGCGUCGCUGCAUCGAUAUCCUCCGUUGGCAGACCAAGUAGGUCGUUGAUCGUACCCUUGUGCUCUAUAUCACCACAGCCAUCCGGGUAGAACACCCGAGUGUAAAGCAUCUUCGCAAAUCCGUUGCGACUCCCCUCGUACAUCUCCUUCAAGCCGUUGGUAUACCGCUCAAUAGACGACUCUUUGGUGAUGGUCCAGUCGGCUUCUGUGGUUCCGGUAACUCGGUACACGGAUUCCAACAUGUCCUUCUGGCUGACAGUGAAAGACUUGACAUAAAUGACCUGAUUCUUGAGGUUCUCGAGAGAUGCUUCAGAGCCUUCGGCCUUGGUUGGUAGGCUCAAAAUCCCAGCCACGGCGCGACCGAC